UCGGAGCGGGACCGGCGCGGGCUCGGCCCGGGCGCGGAGGCGUGAGGCGAGGCCAGCCAGCCCCCCAUGGAGCAACAGGCGCCGCGGAGGCUGGGCCGGGGGCCGCGCCGAGGCAGCGCCGGGGACGACCGAGAGGCCCCGCCGCCGCCGCCGCCGCUCCUGGGCCGGAUUUCGUUGUUUGGGCCCAAAAACUUUGCAGGAAAGAGCGCAGAGGUCCCCAUGCUGAGUAAAGCUGAGUUUGUUGAGAAGGUUCGCCAGAGCAACCAGGCCUGCCAGGACGGCGACUUCCACAAGGCCGUGGCCCUUUACAGUGAGACUCUGGGGGUCGACCCUCAGAACUGCAUCUUGUACAGCAAUCGCUCCGCCGCGUACAUGAAGACUCAGCAGUAUGACCGAGCGCUGGAGGAUGCCAUCAAAGCCCGGCUUCUGAAUCCCAAAUGGCCCAAGGCCUACUUCCGACAGGGUGUUGCCCUCCAGUACCUGGGGCGCCAUGCCGAUGCCCUGGCAGCAUUUGCCUCUGGGCUGGCACAAGAUCCCAAGAGUCUGCAACUCCUCGUGGGGAUGGUGGAAGCCGCCAUGAAGUCUCCGAUGCGAGAGUCCCUCGAGCCGACAUACCAGCAGUUGCAAAAGAUGAAACUGGACAAGAGCCCCUUCGUGGUGGUCUCUGUAGUGGGCCAGGAGCUCCUGACAGCCGGCCAUCACGGGGCCUCCGUGGUAGUCCUGGAAGCUGCCCUGAAGAUAGGCACCUGCAGCCUGAAGCUGAGGGGGUCGGUCUUCUCUGCUCUGAGCAGCGCCUAUUGGUCCCUCGGCAACAGCGAGAAGAGUACCGGCUACAUGCAGCAGGACUUGGAUGUGGCCAAGACUUUAGGUGACCAGAUGGGUGAAUGCCGAGCACAUGGGAAUUUGGGCUCCGCGUUCUUCUCCAAAGGAAAUUAUCGGGAGGCCUUGACCAACCAUCGGCACCAGCUGAUGCUGGCUAUGAAACUGAAGGACAGAGAGGCAGCCUCCUCAGCCCUCAGCAGCCUGGGCCACGUCUACACAGCCAUUGGCGACUACCCCAAUGCUCUGGCCAGCCACAAGCAGUGCGUCCUCCUGUCCAAGCAAGGCAAGGAUGAGCUCUCAGAGGCACGCGAGCUGGGCAACAUGGGCGCAGUGUACAUUGCCAUGGGCGACUUUGAGAAUGCCGUGCGCUCCCAUGAACAGCACCUGAAGAUCGCCAAGGAGCUGAGCGACAAGCGGGAGGAGGCCCGUGCCUACAGCAACCUGGGCAGCGCUUACCACUACCGGCGCAACUUCGACAAGGCCAUGUCUUACCACAACCACGUCCUGGCACUGGCCCAGGAGCUGGGGGAGAAGCCCAUCGAGAUGCGUGCCUACGCCGGCCUGGGCCACGCCGCUCGCUGCCUGCAGGACUUGGAGAGGGCCAAGCAGUACCACGAGCAGCAGCUGAGCAUUGCGGAGAGCCUGCAGGAUCGAGCUGCCGAGGGCCGGGCCUCCUCCAACCUUGGAAUCAUCCACCAGAUGAAGGGGGAGUACGAGAUGGCCCUGCAGCUGCACAAGGGACACCUGUCCAUAGCCCAGGAGCUGAACGAUUAUGCUGCACAGGGGCGUGCCUACGGCAACAUGGGCAACGCCUACCACGCCCUGGGCCUCUUUGACCAGGCCGUCAAGUACCACCGGCAGGAGCUGCAGAUCUCCAUGGAAGUGAACGACAGGGCCUCGCAGGCCUCGACCCACGGCAACCUGGCUGUGGCCUACCAGGCUCUCGGCGCGCACGACCGGGCCCUCCAGCAUUAUCAGAACCACCUCAACAUCGCCCGCGAGCUGCGGGACAUUCAGAGCGAGGCUCGGGCCCUGGGCAACCUGGGCAACUUCCACUGCUCCCGGGGGGAGUUUGCCCAGGCGGCCCCCUACUACGAGCAGUACCUGCAGCUCUCCCCGGAGUUGCAGGACAUGGAGGGCGAGGGCAAGGUGUGCCACAACUUGGGCUAUGCCCACUACUGCCUGGGCAACUACGAGGAGGCGGUGAAGUAUUACGAGCAGGACCUGGCCCUGGCCACGGACUUGCGUGACAAGCUGAGCCAGGCCAAGGCCUACUGCAACCUGGGCUUGGCCUUCAAGGCCCUGGCCAACUUCGGCAAGGCCGAGGAGUGCCAGAAGUACCUUCUGUCCCUUGCCCAGUCUCUCAGCUACCCCCAAGCCAAGUUCCGGGCCCUGGGCAACCUAGGCGACAUCUUCGUCUGCAAGAAGGACCUCGGCGGCGCCAUCAAGUUCUACGAGCAGCAGCUCAGCUUGGCCCACCAGGCCACAGACCGGAAGCUGGAGGCGAGCGCGUACGCGGCCCUGGGCGCCGCCUGCCGUCUGGUGCAGAAGUACGACAAGGCUGUGGGCUACCACACACAGGAGCUGGAGGUGUACCAGGAGCUGGGCGAGGUGCUGGGGGAGUGCCAAGCCCACGGGCACCUGGCCGCCGUCUACAUGUCCCUGGGCAAGUACACCAUGGCCUUCAAGUGCUACGCGGAGCAGCUGGAGCUGGCCCAGAAGCUGAAGGACCCCGGCAUCGAGGCCCAAGUCUACGGCAACAUGGGCAUCACCAAGAUGAACAUGAACGCCAUGGAGGAGGCCCUGGGCCACUUCGAGCAGCAGCUGGCCAUGCUGCAGCAGCUGAGCGGGAGCGAGGCCGUGCUGGACAGGGGCCGUGCCUUCGGGCACCUGGGAGACUGCUAUGAGGCGCUGGGCGACUUCGAGGAAGCCAUCAAGUAUUACGAGCAGUACCUGUCCGUGGCACAGAGCCUGAACCGCAUGCAGGACCAGGUGAAGGCUUACCGGGGCCUGGGCAAUGGGCACAGGGCAAUGGGGAGUUUGCAGCAGGCCUUGGUCUGCCUUGAGAAGAGGCUGGUAGUGGCCCAUGAGCUCGGGGAGGCUUUUGACAAAGCACAGGCCUAUGGGGAGCUGGGGACCCUCCACAGCCAGCUGGGCAACUGGGAGCAGGCCAUCUCGUGCCUGGAGCGCCAGCUCGGCAUCGCUCGGGAGACGAAGGACCAGGCACUGGAAGGGAGCGCAGCCUGUGGCCUGGGCAGCGUCUACCAGCAGAUGGGCGAGUACGACACGGCCCUCCAGUACCACCAGCUGGACCUCCAGAUUGCAGAAGAGACCAGCAAUCCAGCCUGCCAAGGGAGGGCCUAUGGCAACCUGGGCCUGACGUACGAGGCCCUGGGCACCUUCGAGAGAGCCGUGGUGUACCAGGAGCAGCACCUGAGCAUCGCAGCCCAGAUGAAUGACCUGGCGGCCAAAACGGCUUCCUACAGCAGCCUGGGCAGGACGCAUCACGCCUUGCAGAAUUACUCACAGGCCGUCAUGUACCUGCAGGAAGGGUUGCGGCUAGCGGAGCAGUUGGGGCGCAGGGAAGACGAAGCCAGGAUCCGACACGGCCUUGGCCUCUCCCUGUGGGCCAGCGGGAACCCGGAAGAGGCUCAGCAUCAGCUCUACCGGGCCUCAGCGCUCUUUGAGACCAUCCGGCACGAAGUCCAGCUGAGCACCGACUACAAGCUCUCGCUAUUCGACCUGCAGACCUCCUCCUACCAGGCUCUGCAGCGGGUGCUGGUCACCUUGGGGCAUCACGACGAGGCCCUGGCAGUGGCUGAAAGAGGGCGCACCAGAGCAUUCGCUGACCUGCUAGUGGAGCGCCAGAUGGGGCCACAGGAAGCAGACCCCUACUCCCCUGUGACCGUGGAUCAGGUCCUGGAGACAGUGAACAGCCAGCGGGGGCUGGUGCUGUAUUACUCCUUGGCUGCAGGAUUCCUCUACAGCUGGCUGCUGGCCCCAGGGGCAGGCAUCCUGAAGUUCCACGAGUGCUGCCUGAGUGACAGCCCCGCGGAAGAUUCCGGAGACUUCUCCGAGGGCAGCGGGAGCCUCCAGGCCCUGGCCAGCUCCGCUCUCGAGCAGCUCAGCUCCAGUGUGCGAGAGGCACUUGGGGUCGAGUCCUACUACACGCGAGCUUGCGCCAGCAGCGAGACUGAGAGUGAGGCAGGCGACAUCGUGGAUCAGCAGUUCGAGGAGAUGAACAGCCAGCUGAACUCGGUGACAGACCCCACCGGCUUCCUGAGGAUGGUUAGCAGGAACAAUCUGUUCAACAGGAGCUGCCAGAGCUCGAGUAGCCUCUUCGGCGGUCCGGCGUCCCCAGCCAAGGAGGCCGCUUCCUCGUUGCCCCGGCGGCCCGGCUCGCUCAGCGCAUCCCCACUGCGUGCCCUCUAUGACCUGCUGGUCGGGCCCAUGGAAGGGGGCCUGAUGCACUCCAGUGGUCCGGUGGGCCGCCACCGGCAGCUCGUCCUAGUUCUGGAGGGGGAGCUCUACCUCAUCCCCUUUGCCCUCCUCAAGGGCAGCUCCUCCAACGAGUACCUGUACGAGCGCUUCAGCCUCAUCGCCGUGCCCUCCCUCCAGGCCCUGAGCCCCAGGUCCAAGGGCCAAUCCAAGAAGACCUCUUCAGUCUACAGCAGCUCUCCUUCCACGGCUGCUGUCAUUGGCAACCCCAAGCUGCCCUCUCCUGUCAUGGACCGGUGGCUGUGGGGGCCCAUGCCCUCCGCCGAGGAGGAGGCCUAUGCAGUGUCCGAGCUGCUGGGCUGCCAGCCGCUAGUGGGCAGUCUGGCCACCAAGGACCGGGUGAUGAGUGCCCUGGCACAGGCCGAAUGCGUGCAUUUUGCGACCCACGUCUCCUGGAAGCUGGCCGCCCUAGUCCUAGCCCCCAGUGCGGAGAGCAUCGCUGCCGGGAGCAAGGGCUGCUUUGGGAACUCCUACACCAUCCCUGAGUCCCUGCGCAUGCAGGAUGACGCCAGCGACGUGGAGAGCCUCUCGGACUGCCCGCCGCUGCAGGAGUUCCUGCUCACCGCUGCUGAUGUUCUGGACCUGCGCCUGCCUGUCAAGCUGGUGGUCUUGGGCUCCUACCAAGAGUCCAACAGCAAGGUCACGGCUGACGGGGUGAUCGGGCUGACACGAGCUUUCCUGGCGGCUGGGGUGCAUUGUGUCCUGGUAUCCCUGUGGCCGGUCCCGGUGGCUGCUUCCAAGAUGUUCGUGCACACUUUCUACUCAGCCCUGCUGAACGGGCUAAAAGCCAGCGCUGCCCUUGGCGAGGCCAUGAAGUUGGUGCAGGCCAACCAGCAGUUCUCCCACCCUUCCAAUUGGGCAGGCUUCAUGCUGGUUGGGAGUGACGUGAAGCUCAACAGCCCUUCUUCUCUGAUUGGACAGGCCUUGACGGAGAUCCUCCAGCACCCAGAACGGGCACGCGACGCCCUUCGGGUGCUACUGCACCUGGUGGAGAAAUCCCUGCAGCGCAUCCACAGCGGGCAGCACAAUUCCAUGUACACCUCUCAGCAGAGUGUGGAAAAAAAAGUAGGCGGCAUCCCAGGCUGGCAGGCUUUGUUGACCGCGGUUGGCUUCCGUCUGGACCCCGCAGCCAGUGGACUCCCAGCAGCUGUCUUCUUCCCCACGGCAGAUCCAGGCGACCGGCUGCAGCGGUGCAGCACCACCCUGCAGGCUUUACUUGGUUUGCCGAAUGCGGCCUUGCAGGCGCUUUGCAAGCUCACGGCUGCCUCCGAAACUGGGGAGCAGCUCAUCAGCCGGCUCCACCAGGUGUUGGUGCAACUUCAGAUGGGAGAAAAGGAGCCGGACUUCUCCUUGGCACCGAUCCAGGUCUCCAUUAGUGUCCAGCUUUGGCGGCUGCCCGGCUGUCAUGAGUUCCUGGCAGCAUUAGGAUUUGACUUGUGUGAAGUCGGGCAGGAGGAGGUGAUCUUGAAGACAGGCAAGCAGGCCAGCCGCAGAACCACGCACUUUGCUGUCCAGGCUCUGCUGGCCCUUUUUGACUCCACAGAGCUACCCAAACGCCUGAGCUUAGACAGUUCCUCAUCCCUGGAGUCCUUGGCCUCAGCUCAGUCUGUCUCCAACCCGGGACCUCUCAGCUAUCAGAACCCGCCGUUUUCCCCCACAGGCCCGGACAGCUUCGCAUCAGAUGCCAUCUCUGUGUACAGCCUGAGCUCCAUUGCUUCCUCCGUCAGCUUUGCCUCCAAGCCAGAGUGUGCGCUGGAUGUGGGGGGUGCCCGGGGGCGCCCAGAUUACGAGAGGACCAGGAACAUCUAUCCCCAGAGGGCGCUGGUGCCACGUGGCCCUUUCUCACCACAGAACAGUGCUGCCUUUGGCAAAGAUGGGGAUGAGUAUGAAGGAUUUUCCAUCAUCAGCAGUGACCCACUGGCACCCUACCCAGAGACAAGGCAGCCACCGUUUUCCCCCGACCACAAACCCUCCCAGGUUCAUAAGGCCGGAGGGAUCAAGGUCUCAGUCAGCUCCAAGGGGAGUGUCAGUUCCCCAAACUCCCCCAUUAAAAUGACUCUCAUUCCCAGCCCAAACUCCCCAUUCCAAAAAGUUGGGAAGCUUACAGGUUCGGAUACCGGCGACUCAGACCAGUCCAGUACUGAAACAGACAGCACUGUCAAAUCCCAGGAGGAGAACAACCCAAAGCUCGACCCUCAGGAACUGGCCCAGAAGAUCCUAGAAGAGACUCAGAGCCACCUCCGGGCCGUGGAACACCUCCAGCGCAGCGCCAGCCAACUCAGCAAGAGCAACAGCUUGGACAAUGGGUCCUCUCCACUCACGGGAGCGUCUUCCUUCAGGUCAUCGGAGACCAGCGCCUUCAGCAGGCCCCUGUGGUCCAGCCACAAGGGCCAGCCUUCCCCCACCUCCAUGAAGCCAAAGCCACCGACCAGGAGCUCCUCCCUGCAGAAGGUGAGCUCUGGCUACAGCAGCCCAACGGCCUCGGAGGCAUCCACCAAGGACGGCGCAGGGCAGCACAGCAACCAGCCGUCCCCCAGCUCCGACUCUCACGGGGGGUCGCUCUUCAGACUCAAGUACCCGAGCUCGCCCUACAGCACUCACAUUUCCAAAUCGCCCCGGAACAUCUCCCCAAGCUCAGGGCAUCACUCCCCACUCGGCAGCACCCCCUCCCCCGCACUCUCCUACUCCUCCGCAAGCUCGGCCCGCUCCAGCCCCGCGGAUGCCCCUGCCCUGGACAAACUCAAGAUGGCCACCAUUGACGAGAAAGUGCAAGCCAUCCACAACCUGAAGAUGUUCUGGCAAAACAGCCCCCCUUGCUCCACAGGCCCCGUCAAGGGGUUGCGGGGUUCCUCGGGGAGAGCCAGUGCCAGGCGAGAUGUCCUCAGUUUAUUGAACUUGUCUCCACGGCACAGUAAGGAGGACGCCACAGACAAGCUUGAGCUGAAGGACUUGUCUGCUCCUCAGCCCCUGACCUCAUUGCAGAAGAGCCCCCCAAAUGGACACAGGCGGCCUGACCCCACGCAGCCCUCCUUCCCAGCCAGCACAUUGCCUGGUUCUGGGCACUCGUUGCGAUUGCCGUCGGGAAAUGGGUACAAAUUCCUGUCGCCAGGACGGUUCUUUCCUUCUUCCAAAUGCUGAAGUCCUUUUGAUCCCCUGAAGUUUCUGGGCUUUUUUAUGCCCACGUGAUUGAAUGAUGCGGGACAUUGGAAAGCAAACCAAGGAACUGGAGCCUCGCUUAUGGGGGUGGUGGUGCCCUGGGCCCGCCCAACAUUGUGCAAGACCCAUUGGUUCUCGCCGGCUUUGCAAGCUUGAAGCUUGUCUUUCUGCUGCCCCCUCCUUGGACGUGGUUUUUACAGUGGUGUUGCGUGGGUGGGGGGGGUUGUCUACCAGGGAAAUGCACACCCUUUUCUGUGAUGAGAGGUACAAGCCAUGUUAUUGAUGCUUCCAGGAAGGGGUGGGGAUGGGGCAGUGCUGCACUGGCUAGGAGGUACUUGCUCGGAUUGCCUGAAAUUGGGGGAGGGAACUGGCCCCCUCUCAGGGAAAGCCCUCGGCCGUGGUUUUUUGUGAUGCCGGGUUCCAGCUUACAGAGCUUGUCUGGCAGGGACAGACAGGAAGGAUUCCCUCGUGGCUGCAGAGGAAAUAACAGAAGAGGGUCUUCCUGUCUGCAGAUGGCUGAGCCAGGAAGAAGCCCCUCCAGGGGAUAGAGCAGCAAAGCAGGGUCACGUGCCUGGCCCUGCCUGGUGCCCGUCUACGGUUGAAAGAGGGGGAGAGGAGGGCCGGGCUGAGGUCUCGGUGAUUGCCCUGGGCACCACCUGUCCAGGGGCCCGUCGUUCUGCCAGGAAAGCCUCUUGCAGCAGCUUCGCUAUGCAGAUUUCUAUCAGAGCUGGAGCCUGCCCUUUCUCCUCUCCAAGCCAUCCCUGGUCACUCAGCAAAGGUUAUCAUCCGGUGUGCCCUGCAGGUGGGGGAUACUUAGCAGCCUGCAGCCCCUCCUCUGGCCCUUGGCUCGGCUCCUUGUCGUUUGACUCGCCCCACCCCAUGCCUUCUGUCCGCACCUUGGCUGCAGGGCCAGCCAUGUCCUCGUCUCUCAUCCCAGACCGGUGCUGGCCUCCUUGCUGCCUCAUCCCUGCAUCCCAUCCCAGCGACCGGGCCACCGCUUGUGCUGCAGGCAGACGGCAGAGAGUGCCUCUGCGAUUCGCUGCCUGAGGUCCAUGACUCGCCGUAUGUCUAGCAAGGCAUGAGAAUGCAGUCUUGGGGCUUCUCGCUCAUGGAACAACUUCUCCUGCAGGAGGCUGCAGCCGCAGAGUGGAGUUAGGCCCCACCCCCCCACAUUCCAGGCAAGAAAAGGCAGAGCCUUUACACCAGAGCGAUAAAACCUAAACUUUGAACUGACUUGGCGCUGACCGCUCCUUGCUGUGCCUAAACCGGGGAGUGGCAGAACGGGAUGGGAUCGCACCUUCCCACUCUAGCAGUCCCCCCCCUAGCCAGUGCUCAGCUGCUUUUCCCACAUGUGAAAACUCUUGGGAUCCCUUGAAAAGAGUACCCCAUGAGCGCUCUACACAACUUACAGGCAGUAGCAUGACAUUUUCAGGUGGGGCAAGACUGUUACUCGGACCUGCCUGUGGUCCCUCUUUCCUAUGCAAAGUCACACUGUGCGCAACCCCAAGAGAGUUGCAGUAAAAGACAGGGAGGGCCUUUCCUCCAGCCCUGUUCUCUUGCAAAGCUUCCCUUCUUCCAAGAAGCGUAAAGAAAUGGUGCUUUUUUUUGUUUUUUUGAGGUUGCUGCUAUUUUGGUGGCCCCAUCAGCUCCCCAGUAGUGAUUCUGGCCAUCUUAGCCUCCCAAGUGGGCACAGGAGAUGGAAGAGGGGAGCACUUGGAACUGUUACCUUCCAGGGCUGCCUUCCCCGAAAAGGGCUUCAGGAAAAAAUUCAGUAGAGCUUCCUGCCCCAGCUCUUGCUGCCCCCACUAGCCUGCAUAAGUGAGGGAAAUGGGUUUGCUGUUUAGAUGGGGAAACUGAGGAAGCUUACCUCCUCCCCUUCCGCCGAGCUGCAACACACGUCGUCUUCCUUGUCGUCUUUGUGCAUGUACAAGUGACAACACACACAGUGAGCAAUAAGCGUUCUGUGCAGUGACUUGUUCUCAGCCUUGCAAAUCCCUCCCAGUCGUCCAGCCCAAAGAGGGUCUGUUUGUUUGGUUUCAUCUUGUAAAAGGCUCAUCCCUUGGUGAAUCUGUAGCCACCAGUGACCAUGAGCAAAAGCCACUUGGCCUGGGCACUGCUGGCUGCUCGGAGUUAGGUGGGAUCACCUGCUUUUCUCCCCUCUCAUCAGGCCUUUUGCUUAAGCAAGGGCCAUGGUGAGAAAUGGGAAAGAGGGAAUCUAAUAUCCAAUUCCCACCCCUUUCCCCGGCACCCUGGAGGAUCCCUGCAGGUCGCUGGUACUGCCAGAACGCUAUGCUUCCUUCCUUAGGGGUGCUGAGUCGAGUGACCAGAGGCAGCAGGGCUUGGGGUCAUGGAAACACACGGGAAGAACACACACAGACACACGCCCACUCCUGGUCAAAAGCCACUCCUCUGCACUUAGUUUUAUGUAGCAUCAGCCAUGUUUGGCCUAUAUGGACAUUUUUGUAAAUUAAACUCCGUUUCCAGACAGCAUUAAACUUUUUAUAUUACGACGUUUACCCUGUAAAAAGAAUUUCAUAUUUUUAUUGCAAUCGUGAAGGCAUUUGGCCUCCUCCUUUGUGACUUCUGUGUCUAUUAAAGCAUGACAUCUCUCUGUU